AUCUGCACCUCCAAAUACCUGCUCCGUUCCUGCCCUGCCGGCGUCGUCAUCAUGACGUAGCCGUCCGGCGGCCCGCGCUCCACACCAACCAUACAACUUCUACUCUACUAGUACUUACUUACUCUUACGCUUCAUCCUCAUUCUUUUUCUUUUGUGUACAUUCCUAAUUCUUAAUAUACAUAGCUGCUAAAGCAUCACUCCAUCAUGGCCUCCAUAUCCAUCAACGCCCCCGGCGCAACCGGCUUCAUCUACAACAACGCCAACCUAGGCACCGCCCGCGUAUGCAUCUCCGCCGAGACCCCCGACUUCGAUACCGAGACGCUGCGCGCCUGGGCAGACGAGGGCUUCGAUGUCGUCUAUGCGCCGUACAACAAUGGAGGGAAGGAGUACGAGGCACGGUUGAAGUCCGUGAAGGAGGGGUUGGGCGUGGGGGAUAAUUAUGCUGUUAUUGCAUUCGGUGAUGCCGCUUCCUACUGCCUCGACUACUACCUCAAAUCAACAAACUGCAGCCGUCUGGCCGCUCUCAUUGCAUACUACCCCACUACGAUCCCCGAUACGCGAUCGCGAUUCCCCUUUUCGGUGCGCGUGUUGACGCAUCUUGCUGGAGAUACAGUGGACGUGGUGACCAUCCCUACGGUUAUUGGAUUGCAAGGGAAGAAACAUCGCUCGACGAAGCAGAUCACCCCCGGUAUCGGGACGGGAGAGAGGCUGCAGAUCGGGUGGCCGGCGUUUACGUAUGAGUCGGCGCAGCCGGGGUUUGCGGAGCAUGAUCUGGAGGAGUUCGAUCGGUUGGCGUCGGAUUUGGCGUUUAGUCGUACGCUGCAGGUGCUGAGGAAGGCGUUUGGCAAGGAUUUGGAUUUGGAGAAUAGGUGGGAGGAACAGCUUGAGGCGCGUUUCUUCUCCAUGAAUCUUAGUGGUACAAUGGAGCCUUAUGUCGGUCACCUCAACCCCACACUCACUUGUACACCAACCAUGAGCGGUGGUAUCGGAACCCAUGCGCUGCGUCGCUUCUACGAGCAGAACUUCCUGCGCAAGUUGCCUCCGUCUAUGCGUCUGCGGUUGAUUUCUCGGACUGUUGGGGCGGAUCGUAUUGUUGAUGAGCUGUAUGCGACGUUUGAACAUACCCAGGAGAUACCCUGGAUGCUACCUGGUGUUCCGCCGACGAAUCGUCACGUGGAAAUAGUCCUAGUCAGCAUUGUCAGUCUGCGCGGGGGAAGGCUGUACUCGGAACACAUGUACUGGGAUCAAGCCAGUGUAUUGGUGCAGGUCGGACUGCUGGAUCCGAAGUACAUACCAGAGGGAGCACCACAGGGCGUGGACCGCUUGCCAGUCAUUGGACGCGAGGCAGCCAGACGCAUCGUCGAGGAAGACCCCGAGGCCGAAGGCCGGGAUUACCACAAUCGGUUGAUCCGGCGGGCAAAGGCUAAGCGGGGAAAGGAUAAGCCGGUGGAGGAGUCGGGGACGGAGCUGGCGAAGAGUGAUACGGAGAAGGUGGAGAGUAAGCCAGCUGGGGAGAGUAAGGGGAAGACGGUGCAGAGGGAGCAGAAUGGUAAUGGGGCGGAUGCAUUGGAGAAUCAUGGAGUGGAGGAGAAUGAGAAAGAUGGGGAGAAGAAGAAUGGCGAGGAUGCGAAUGGCGAGGAAAAGAAGCCAGUUAAUCCGGCUGCUGCCACGGUGGAGGACACGAAAAGCGAUGAAUGAGCGUGUGCGUACGUGCGUGUAUACCCUGGAUAGUAUGAUUGAGUGUUUUGUUGUGUAUUUAGCUUGCAUUGUUUGCUCACUUCGA